UUGGCGGCGGUGCUGAGCGGAGCGGUGGUGACGGCGCACAUCGUGCAUCGGUCGAAGAGGGACGCAUGGAGACCUCCGACAGUGGGGCAGGAACAUCCACCUCCUCGCUGCACGAGCCGUCCUCUCCGCGGUCAGGGUCCUUCCACCUGAGCCUGCAGCACUAUGGGAAGCUCCUCCUCCUCCUCCUCCCUGGUUGAUGAAGCUGAGAGCAAUGCUGCGCCCCGGGGUGCAGCCCUGCCUCCCUCCCCCAUCAUGGGAUGUCUGAGGAGCAGCCAAAGCACCUUCAUCCCACGACAGCUCCCCAGGCCUGGCCGGCACAGAGAGCGCAGUUUCUCUUCAGGUUCAAUGCCGAUACACAGAACCCAGUGGGCCUGCGGCUGCUGUACCUUCCUGAAUGCAGCUGGUGCUCCCCGCUGCUCCAUCUGUGAAGCCCCGAGGCGAGGACCCGAGCCCCGCUGGCUGUGGCCUGGUACCAGUAAGGACGCCUCCGGUUGGUCCUGCCCCCGCUGCACGCUGGCCAACCCCCGCAGCAGCCGGGCCUGCUCUCUGUGCGGCUAUGCCGGACCUCUGGACCCACCACAGGGCUUCCCCCAGGACCAUCCCCGACCUCAGCGCUCCAGCAGCUGCUCCGGGCCCCUGAGGGCCCCCAUGGCUGAGCCGAGUAGGAAUCAGUCAGAAGAUGCAGAUAAAAACAGCCUGGCUUGGGAUUGUUUGAGAUGCACGCUGCAGAACACUCCUACCUCCAUGUCCUGCUCGGCCUGCGGCGGACCCCGUAAGCUGUCCCUCCCCCAGAUCCCCGCCGAGGCGCUGCUCAUGCCGGAGGUUUGUGAUGAGGUGGGGGCGCGGCAGCCAGAAGCUGCAGGGGCUCUUUCUCUCUCCAUCUCUACCCGAGGGGAGUCUUUACCAGUGGAAGCUUCAUAUCCCAACACAAACUCAGCCUCAGGCCACAACAAUCCCGUCCCCUGCAGCCGCAGAGAGGUGCCCCCUCCAGAUGUCGCCUCCCCCUCGACCCUCGCUGUGUCACAUCCCUCCUCCCAACCGGAGCUGCUCACCAGGAGGCUCAGCAUCCUGAAGGAGGAGAUGUCGCCCGCAUCAGAUGCCGCUGUGUCGUUUGCACCCUCAGAGAUGGAAGGAUGGUCGUGUCCGGCAUGCACACUCAUCAACCGGGUGGAGGCCAAGCACUGCCUGGCCUGCCACACUCCUCAGCAACAGCUCGCUCAGCUGAAACCGCCAGCGUCGCCAAGGAGGAAGGAGAGCAUGUUGGUGGAGGCGCUGAGACAGAGCGAUGAAGGGGAGGCCAAAGAGCUGUGGGAGAAUAUCAUCAGCUUCUGCAGAGAGAACGCCGUGACGUUUGUGGACGACAGCUUCCCUCCUGGUCCCAAGUCUGUGGGCUUCCCGUUGGACGACAGCGUCCAGCAGCGGGUCAGGAAGUGGCUUAGACCGCAAGAAAUCAGCUGCACUAACUUCAGAGACCGCGGGGUGAAGUGGUCCGUUUUCCGCACGCUGCGGCCGUCCGACAUCCUGCAAGGACUUCUGGGAAACUGCUGGUUCCUGAGCGCCCUGGCUGUUCUGGCGGAGCGUCCCGAGCUGGUAGAGAAGGUGAUGGUGACCCGCUCGUUGUGUCCAGAAGGAGCCUAUCAGGUGCGUCUCUGCAAAGACGGCUCAUGGACAACGGUGCUGGUGGACGACAUGCUGCCGUGUGACGAGACCGGACACCUCCUCUUCUCUCAGGCCCAGCGGAAGCAGCUCUGGGUGGCUCUGAUUGAAAAAGCUUUGGCCAAACUCCACGGCUCCUACUUUGCUUUGCAGGCCGGCCGUGCCAUCGAGGGCCUUUCCACGCUGACUGGGGCCCCCUGUGAAUCUCUGGCCCUCCAGGUCAGCACCACCAACCCCAAGGAGGACCCUAUUGACACAGACCUGAUCUGGGCCAAAAUGCUGAGCUCCAAAGAGGCAGGGUUCCUGAUGGGAGCGUCCUGUGGAGGAGGAAACAUGAAGGUAGACGACGCGGAGUACGAGUCUCUGGGUUUACGUCCACGACAUGCAUACUCCGUCCUUGAUGUGCGAGAUGUGGACGGCCACAGACUGGUGCAGCUGAGGAACCCAUGGGGCCGGUUCUCCUGGACCGGGCCCUGGGCCGACAACUGGCCACACUGGCCUCCACACCUGAAGAGGGAGCUGUGCGCCCAGCGAGCCGAGGACGGCCUGUUUUGGAUGGACUUCUGGGAUUUCAUCAGGUACUUCGACUCGGUGGACAUCUGUAAGAUCCAUUCGGACUGGCAGGAGGUUCGUGUCCCGGGUGUUUUCCCGCGAGGAGCUGACGUCCCGGUGACGGUGGUGUCGAUGACGGUGCUUGAGAGGACUGCCGUGGAGCUGGCUCUCUUCCAGCAGGGCAGCAGGCGCUGGGACACUGCAGAGAGCCACCUGCUGGAUUUGUGCGUGCUGGUGUUUCGAGCCGCCUACGACAGCUCCGGCACGCUGACGCUGGGCCGACUGCUGGCCCACAGCCGGCGCUCGGUCAGGAGGUUCGUGGGCUGCGACGUGAUGCUGGAGCCGGGCGAGUAUGCAGUGCUCUGCUGCGCCUUUAACCACUGGCACAGCUCCGUCACGGAUGGUGCAACAAGUUGCGGCAGAUCCGAGGUGCCUGGUUACAUGCUGGCCGUCUACAGCUCCAGACUGGUGAUGGUGGAGCAGGUAACAGCCUCCAACACCACCAUCGCAGACGCCAUCAUCCAGCUGGCAGAGACCAAAGGAGAGCGGCAUGAGGGUCGAGAGGGGAUGACUUGCUACUACCUGACGCAUGGGUGGGCAGGGCUUAUCGUCAUGGUGGAAAACAGGCACCCGAGACAUCACCUGCACGUGUCCUGUGACUGUAGCGACAGCUUCAACGUGGUGUCAACACGCAGCAGCCUCAAAACCGUUGACAGCAUCCCUCCUCUGCACAGACAGGUGCUGGUGGUUUUGUCUCAGCUGGAGGGAAACGCUGGAUUCUCCAUUACACACAGACUGGCCCACAGGAAGGCGGUUCAGGCCUCUCUGGGGAACUGGAGUCCCUCAAAGGCAACGCACAGUCCAGCUCUGAGCCCAGAGACAGCAGGUCUGCAUCAGCCUCGACCACUAUGACCACCAGUCAGAGGAACUGGGAGGAACCAGAGGACAAGCAGCUGCUUGACGGGAACAGUGUUGGUCAGACUGCUAGUCUGACAGAAAACAGGGUUGUUUCUUUUAGACUGUUUCUAGAAACAAAGCAACGUGUUUUGUGAGCAGCCAUUUCUUAGAGCCAAAGCUCCUCAUUAGCAGAAAUCUAGUGGAUAUCACUGGUUGGUUUAAACUCCAGCGGACAGAACAAAACUACCAGAAAGUAGUCAAAUAACCUGAGAAAACAGGUCAUUUAGCAGCUAACAUAUUCAAAGUUAUGAUUCAUCUUUACAAACUUUUUAAGGUUUCAGUCAAAUUCUCCAUGUUGCACAGAUUCUUAAUCUCAGAGAAGAACACCUAUAUUCAUCUGGAUUGAUCAGUCUGUUAAAGCAACACUGUGUAGCAGUGUUCAUCCCCACGAAACCAGGGAUGCUGGACCCAACUUUUCCAGUACAAACUGGUCCGGGGUCCAUUCAAAUACUAACACUGUUGGUGUAAUUGAUCUCACUCUUGGUUAAGGGGCCGUCCCCACGACGCCGAAUUGCAGUUAAACCGCAAAGUAUUUUAGCAAACCACCCUUUCAUCCCCACGA